AUGUCUCCACUCAUCCGCUAUGGUAAUAUCUCGGACGGAAAAUUCGCUUCAUCAUCAGAUGCAAAUGCAAAUGCAAAUGUACACGUGCACAGCCCACCGCGCCAUUACAAGUAG